AGCGGCGAGGGGGCCACGUGCGGGACCCGGGGCUCCGGGCCUGGGGGAAGCUGGUGGAGAUGGAGGCUGCCCGCAGCCCCCAGACUCAGGCUCCCGAGGAAAGCCCUCCCUGCUCGCAGGAGGGGGCCCAACUCGGGGAGGGACGGCAGUUUAGGGCCUAGGGGGCCACGUGACCCUCCCCCAGGAAUGCGGUGACGUCACCGGGGGCGUGGCCGUACCCAAAAUUAGGGAGGAAGGGGAAAAAAGAAGCCAGAAAAAGUUUCUUUCCUGGAGUCCCAAGCGAGGUGUGGGACAGAAGAAGGGAUCAAAGUCAGAGGCCCGGGGCUCCGUGGGGCCCUGACCGCUGUCUGGGGUCCCCCUUUCCAGGCCAUGUCCGGGCCCACCUGGCUCACUCCGAAGCAGCCGGAGCCUGCCAGAGCCCCUCAGGGGAGAGGGCUCCCCCGAGGCGCCUCGGGGCCGCCGGCGGCCCACGGAGCAGCACUCCAGCCCCACCCCAGGGUCAAUUUUUGCCCCCUCCCAUCUGAGCAGUGUUACCAGGCCCCUGGGGGACCGGAGGAUCGGGGGCUGGCCUGGGUGGGGUGCCAUGGAGCAACCCAGCGCUCGCAGGGGCUCCCCGCAGACAGGGGGGGCUUGCGCCCGGGAAGUCUGGAUGCUGAGAUAGAUUCCCUGACCAGCAUGCUGGCUGAGUUGGACGGGGGUCGAGGUCACGCCCCAAGGCGGCCUGACCGGCAGGCUUACGAGCCCCCUCAGCCCCCUGCCUACCGCUCAGGCUCAGGCUCCCUGAAGCCGAAUGGAGGGGGUGUUCCUCCCCCGCCGCUCCCAGCAUCCCCCUAUGGGGGCCCCACUCCAGCCUCCUAUGCUACGGCCAGCACCCCCGCCGGCCCUGCCUUCCCUGUGCAAGUGAAGGUGGCACAACCAGUGAGGGGCUGUGGCCCCCCCAGGCGGGGGGCCUCUCAGGCCUCAGGGCCCCUCCCGGGGCCCCACUUUCCUCUCCCAGGCCGAGGUGAAGUCUGGGGGGCCGGCUAUAGGAGCCACCGCGAGCCAGGGCCGGGGGGCAAAGAAGAGGCUGCUGGGGUCUCCAGCUCUGCCGGAGGAAGAGGAGGCGGGUACGGGUCCCAGGUCCCCCUGAGCCAGCCUCCCGAGGAGGAGCUGGAGAGGCUGACCAAGAAGCUGGUGCACGACAUGAACCACCCACCCAGCGGGGAGUACUUCGGCCGGUGUGGUGGCUGCGGAGAAGAUGUGGUCGGGGAUGGGGCCGGGGUCGUGGCCCUGGACCGCGUCUUUCACGUUGGCUGCUUUGUGUGUUCUACGUGCCGGGCCCAGCUCCGGGGCCAGCAUUUCUACGCCGUGGAGAGGAGGGCAUAUUGUGAGAGCUGCUAUGUGGCCACCCUGGAGAAGUGCUCCACGUGCUCCCAGCCCAUCCUGGACCGGAUUCUGCGGGCUAUGGGGAAGGCCUACCACCCUGGCUGCUUCACCUGUGUGGUGUGCCACCGCGGCCUCGAUGGCAUCCCUUUCACUGUGGAUGCCACCAGCCAGAUCCACUGCAUUGAGGACUUCCACAGGAAGUUUGCCCCAAGAUGCUCAGUGUGUGGUGGGGCCAUCAUGCCUGAGCCAGGUCAGGAGGAGACCGUGCGAAUCGUAGCUCUGGAUCGCAGUUUUCACAUUGGCUGUUACAAGUGUGAGGAGUGUGGGCUGCUGCUCUCGUCUGAGGGUGAGUGUCAGGGCUGCUACCCGCUGGAUGGGCACAUCUUGUGCAAGGCUUGCAGUGCCUGGCGCAUCCAGGAGCUCUCAGCCACCGUCACCACCGACUGCUGAGUCUCCCCAGGAGCACCUGCUGUGUUCCCUUCCCAUCAACCACCCUCCCCGACAUCUACCUUUAUAACUUUGUCACCAAAUGCUGUCUCCUCUUCCUCCAAUCAUGAAAUAAUAAUCCCUCGAGAGUU